AUGUCCUCUACAAAAGUCACAGACGAUCCUCGCGAUGCCUCUCUCGAGGUCAGAUUCUCUGUUCCUAAUACUUGGCACGAGGACACUACUGACCUGAGUGCAACCGGGAUGAUGUUUUCUGGGCUCAUCAUGGUGACAAGAAACCGAUAUCUUGCAUGGCCGGCAGUCGCGCUCAGCUUGAGUGGUUGGAUUAACAAACGCCCUAUGAGGUCAAAAGAUGGUGGUGGUGCUUCUUUGUCGAGUGUGAGCUUGUGCUUAAUGGCGUUAAUUGCAUCGUACCUUCCCAUGUUCAUGAUUACCAAAACCCCCGCCGCCUUCAACGCCGUCCCUUCCUCGUGA